AUGCAAUUUGUCAAGGGCAAACGUGGUCGCGCGAAGGCUUCAAUUACAAAUCAAUUAGCGUUUUCGGAAUUAAUUGAUGAUUCCACUACGGUUGCUUCAUUAGAAAUUCAUUUAGCUAGGCUUACAGAAGCCUGGUCAGAAUUUAAUUCUUUGUCCGAUCAACUUUAUGAAUUUAUUGAAGAUGAAGGUUUUGUCGAUCCAGAACCAGAAUACGCUGAUUAUGAGGACAAGUAUUUAACCUCACAUGCUGCAAUUACCGAUGCAAUUCGUGCAAAGGUACCUCAUUCAGAGCCACCUCCAAUAAAUACCGCUGCUUCGCCUAGCGAGUCUCUUACCACACAACAAGUCGAGUUUUUAGAAAGACUUGAAGCAACUAAAUCCACAAAAUCUGUGCAUUUACCCCAACUACAUGUGCCUACUUUUCAUGGGAAUUAUAAGGAUUGGCCGGGUUUCAAAGACAUGUUUCUUGGAACGAUUGAUUCCAAUACUUCACUUUCAGGAACUCAAAAGUUCCAAUAUUUGAAGUCGUUCCUCGGAAAGCAACCAGGGGAUCUAUUUAAAAACACUCCCUGUACAGAAAAAAACUACGUUGAGGCUUGGGACAAAUUAGAAGAGCGUUAUGAUAGGACAGUUUUAAUUAUUCAAUCGUUUAUUGAAACAUUUAUUUCACUACCAUCUUCGAACUCUAAUCCUGCGAUUCUUCGCAAAAUAACCGACGAUGCGGAUGAAGUGAUUAGGGGUCUUAACUCAUUGGAUGCAACAACACGAGAUCCUUGGCUAAUUUAUAUUUUGUUGCAAAAAUUAGAUCUUGAAACCAAACAAGCAUGGGCUAACGAAGCAGGGUCUAGGAUUGAUCUAACCAUCCAACAGUUUCUCGAUUUUCUUCAAAACAGGUGCAACUGUCUUGAAGCUUGCUGCCCAACACCUAUAUCAUCUCUUUCGAAACGUAACAACAAAGAUGUUCAGAAAAGCGUCCGAUCUCAUAUGAUUGAAACAAAAGUAGGAUGUCCAAAAUGUGGUGAGGACCAUCAGCUUUUCCUUUGCAAAUCUUUUUCUUCGCUAGGUUGUGAAGCUCGUCGUGAUUUUGCUAGGGAGAAUAAACUUUGUUUCAAUUGUUUUCGUACAGGACAUCCAUCUAAUAAAUGCCGUUCAUUUUCAAGGUGUAAAAUAUGCAACAAAAGGCACCAUACUUUAGUUCAUCCGAAGGAAGGCGUAAAAUCAACAGUUCCCAGUGAAAUUGAAUCCUCUAAAUCAGGGUCGUCGCUUAGUUCCGCUACUAGUUCUCCUGUUGUAAAUUGUCACUCGUUGGAUCCUACUCGUUGUUUUUCCACUCUUCUUCCUACCGCCGUUGUCAAGGUUGUAGACAAACAAGGAGUUAAACAUGAGGUUCGUGUUUUGUUAGACACAGGAUCGCAAGUGUCGUUUGUUACCGAAGAGGUAGUUCAGCGUUUAGGAUUGACACGUAAACCAUCGCGAAUUCCAAUAAUGGGAGUUGGAUCUACUGCCGCAGGUGUAACCAAUGGUGUGGUAUCACUGAAUUUAGCAUCACGAUUUGAAAAGGAUGAUAAAGAUAGUUGUUCAAAUAACAUUGACGUUGACUGCUACGUUAUAUCUAAAUUAACAUCGCUGAUUCCUCCAAUCUCCACGUCACACUUUAACACAUUCGAUUAUCUGUCGCUCGAUUUAGCUGAUCCUAGUUUUAAUAAGCCAGGCCCUAUUGAUAUACUUAUAGGGGCAGAUAAAGUCUUCAAUAUUAUUACGGGAUCUUCGGAAGAAGAGGCUGUAGGUGUUCCUAAUUGUGUUCCAACUAUAUUUGGCUGGGUUAUAGCAGGGGGAGUUCCAAAGCUGCGAUCUGAUGCUAACCAAGAAGUUAAGUGCUUUACUAUAAGGUUACUUUUUGCAUUAGCGUUUGACCUUGAACGUUUCUGGCGCCUUGAAGAAGUUCACUGGGAACCUGUGCUAUCUGUUGAGGAACAACAAGCGGAGGAACAUUUUGUUACAACUCACAGUCGUGCUCUUGAUGGACGUUAUGUUGUACAGCUGCCUUUCAAAAAAAAUUAUGAGUCGAACCUUUGCGAUUCUUUUAGCAUUGCCCUUAGUCGAUUACACUCAAUGGAGCGUAGGUUUGCUUCUAAUCCCGAAUUGAAAGCUCAAUAUAAUUCAUUUUUAAACGAAUACCUCGCAUUAGGGCAUAUGGAAGAAGUACCUCAACAUGAAAUUGUACAACCACCUUCCAAUUGUUAUUAUUUGCCUCAUCAUGCGGUUAUAAAAAACGAUAGUACUACCACCAAACUUCGGGUGGUAUUUGACGGUUCUGCCAAACCCCAUCACUCUGACACAUUUUCUCUCAACGAGCUUCUUCUUGUUGGGCCUACUAUUCAACGUGACAUUUUCGCUAUUUGCCUUCGAAGUCGUCGCCAUGCUUAUGUUAUUUCAGGGGAUAUAGAGAAAAUGUUCCGUCAGAUUUGGGUGGCUCCAAGCCAUAAAAAUUAUCAACGAAUCAUAUGGCGCUCUUCACCCCAAGAGCCAAUUAAACAUUAUAACUUGUUAACAGUAACCUACGGUACUUCUGCAGCACCUUUUUUAGCAGUAAGGACUUUAAAACAGCUAGCACUUGACAAUGCCGAAAUGUACCCUCGAGCCUCCAACAUAAUUCUUAAUGACUUCUACGUCGAUGAUGUUUUUACUGGAGCUGACGACGUAGAUGACAUCAUAUCUCUUAGAAAUGAACUUGUAGAGCUCCUUAAACUAGGUGGUUUUAAUCUGCGAAAGUGGACCACUAAUUGUUGGCCACUCUUACUCUCCUUGCCAGAGGAGCAACGCGAGAUAUCUCCAGUACAAUUUGAAGAGUCAAACAUGGUGAAAGUUCUUGGUCUACAAUGGUGCCCAUUCAAGGAUUGCUUCUCCUACAAGGUCGUUCUUCCAGAGUCAACAACUUGCACCAAACGUCGAAUUCUUUCUGAUGCUUCUCGGGUAUUCGAUCCCUUAGGUUUUCUUUCACCAGUUGUUGUCGCAAUCAAAAUAUUGAUUCAGGAUUUAUGGCGCGAAAAACUAGCAUGGGACGAAGAAGUUCCUUUGGAACUCGGACUUCGCUGGAAAACCAUUCGAGAUGAACUUAGCCUGAUCGAAUCACUGUCCAUACCCAGAGUAUUAUGGUCCAACAAAAAUAAUUGGGAGCUUCAUGGGUUUUGUGAUGCAUCACUGGAUGCUUAUGCAGCGGUCGUUUAUUGUAGAAGUGUAAAUGAAGCUGGAAAAGUCCAGAUUAGCUUGGUUGCAGCUAAAAGUAGAGUUGCUCCGAUUAAAGUUUUAUCGCUACCUAAGCUUGAACUCUGUGGAGCUCGUCUCCUUACUCAACUCAUUAAUAAAAUUAAAAUCUCUUUGCAGGAAAAUGACCUUCGUGUUUUCGCUUGGACAGAUUCUUCUAUUGUCCUACAUUGGCUAUCUGCUCCGCCUAAGAAAUGGUCUGUUUUCGUCGCAAAUCGAACUUCAGAAAUACUAACAUCAAUACCAUUCAAAUGCUGGAAUCAUGUUCGCUCACCGGAAAACCCCGCUGAUGUACCAUCCCGAGGAAUACCACCUUCACUUUUGGCUUCUACAGACAUUUGGUGGAAUGGACCUUCAUGGUUGAAAAAAGAUUCUACGGAAUGGUCAGUGUCACAGUACAAUAUAAAUGAUAUUGCUGAAGAAGAGUUGGAAGAACGAAAAAGUAAAAAGGUUCAGGUAUUCUUUUCAAAUUUGAAUUCUGAAAAUAUAUUUGACCAACUUAUUGCUCGCUUUUCGAAUUGGUUUAAACUCGUUCGCGUUGUGGCAUACAUAUAUCGGUUCUAUCGUAAUGCCCAUUUCAGUAAAAAUAAAGAAUCUUCUCCUUUCCUAUACGCUCAGGAAAUAAUUGAAGCAAAAACACUUCUUAUAAAACAUGCACAAUCUUCUCUAUUCGGUUUCGAAAUUGACCUUUUAAAAAAGGGUAAACCACUCCCGUCUAAAAGUAAACUUCUACCACUUGCCCCGUUUCUUGAUAGAUCUAGUGUUCUUCGUGUCGGUGGACGUCUUGAACAUUCUCACUUGUCAUAUAACGAGAAACAUCCAAUCAUUUUGUGUAAAUCACAUCCUAUUGCAAAACUUAUAGCGAAUUCGAUUCAUGAACAAUAUUUGCAUUCCGGCGUGACGUUGAUGAUUGCUUUACUAAAACAAAAUUUUUAUAUUCUCGGCUGCAGAAACCUAUUACAAAAAAUAGUUAACAAGUGCCUCAAAUGUUUUCGUCAGCGACAAACGGUCUCUACUCAACUGAUGGGCGAUCUUCCAAAAGAACGCGUUCGUUUUUCACGCCCCUUCAGCACGGUUGGCUGCGAUUAUGCAGGUCCUAUUACCCUAAGACUAUCUCGCGGACGAAAUCCAAAAUUUGUCAAGGCAUAUAUCGCUCUGUUUGUGUGCUUUGUAACCAAAGGAGUCCAUAUCGAACUCGUCGGGGACUUAUCGACAGAUGCCUUUCUCCUAGCUCUAGAUCGGUUUGUAUCGCGGCGCGGAAAACCGUCGGUAAUCUGGAGUGAUAACGCGACAAAUUUUAAUGGAGCGAAAAGGAAACUUGGAGAGCUACAUGAUCUUCUUCUGGACCAACAACGCAACAGCUGCAUCAUUGACCAUCUUUCCAAAGACCAAAUCACUUGGAAAUUUAUACCGCCUGCCUCGCCUCACUUUGGAGGACUUUGGGAGGCUGGUGUAAAAUCAGUUAAAACUCAUCUCAAACGUGUUAUUGGUGAUCAAAGACUUACCUACGAAGAGAUGUAUACUCUUUUAGCCAAAAUUGAAAGUCUUUUGAACUCACGCCCUAUGUGGCCAACACCUGACUUCGAACCUACUGCUCUUACUCCAUCACAUUUUAUGAUUGGAGAAUCUUAUUCUACUGUCCCUUCACCUGACGUUUCAUGUCCAAUUGUUUCAAUAAAAAAUAACUGGUAUCUUUUACAGGCACUUACACAAAGUUUUUGGAAGCGCUGGCACCAAGAGUACCUAACCUCAUUGCAGAACCGACCAAAGUGGCAAAGGGUCAAACGAAAUCUUCAAAUUGACGAUGUUGUCCUAGUGAAGGAACCAAACUUGCCACCAUCUAAGUGGGUCAUUGGACGUGUCACCGAAACUCAUCUUGGAGCAGACGAAAGAUGUCGUGUUGCUACAAUAAAAACAAACAAUGGAACCUACGUUAGACCAGUAGUCAAACUAGCUCCCUUGCCUUUUACUGAAAGACCGGAGUCUUCCAGGGGGGGCUGA